GUAAAUAUGAGAACAGCAUGGAUCAAGGAUCAAAGAGUCCUGUCUAUCAACAUGUGAAUAUCCAAAAGAAGUCUUAUAAAAAUAAUGACCUUGGCAAAAUGCUUUAUGAAUCAUCUCAGUGUAUACCUUAUAACACCAGCGAUACUACAGGAAACCAUCAGAGAAUUCAUACAGGAAAGGAACCUUACAAAUAUGGUGAAUGUGAAAAGUCCUUUGGAUGUAGCUCAAAUCUUGGAACACAUCAGAAAUCUCAUAAAGGACAGAAACCUUACAAAUGUAGUGAAUGUGAGAAGUCAUUUACACGUAAUUCAACUCUUAAAAGUCAUCAGAAGAUUCAUACAGGAGAGAAACCUUACAAAUGUAAUGAAUGUGUGAAGUCAUUUACACGUAAUUCAACUCUUAAAAGUCAUCAGAAGAUUCAUACAGGAGAGAAACCUUACAAAUGUAGUGAAUGUGUGAAGUCAUUUACAUGUAGUUCAAUUCUUAAAAAUCAUCAGAAGAUUCAUACAGGAGAGAAACCUUACAAAUGUAGUGAAUGUGAGAAGUCAUUUGUAUAUAGUUCAAUUCUUAAAAAUCAUCAGAAGAUUCAUACGGGAGGGAAACCUUACAAAUGUAGUGAAUGUGUGAAGUCAUUUACAUGUAGUUCAAUUCUUAAAAAUCAUCAGAAGAUUCAUACAGGAGAGAAACCUUACAAAUGUAGUGAAUGUGAGAAGUCAUUUGCAUAUAGUUCAAUUCUUAAAAAUCAUCAGAAGAUUCAUACAGGAGAGAAACCUUACAAAUGUAGUGAAUGUGAGAAGUCAUUUACAUAUAGUUCAACUCUUAAAAAUCAUCAGAAGAUUCAUACAGGAGAGAAACCUUACAAAUGUAGUGAAUGUGAGAAGUCAUUUACAAAUAGUUCAAAUUUUAAAACUCAUCAGAGAACUCAUACAGGAGAGAAACCUUACAAAUGUAAGGAAUGUGAGAAAUCCUUUGGAUCUGGCUCAACUCUUAUAAAACAUCAGAGAAUUCAUACAGGUGAGAAACCUUACAAAUGUAGGGAAUGUGAGAAAUCCUUUACAUAUAUCUCACAUCUUAAAAGACAUCAGAUACUUCAUACAGAAGAAAAACCUUAUAAAUGUAAUGAAUGUGAAAAGUCCUUUGCAUGUAGCUCAAAUCUUCAGUCACAUAAGAAAAGCCAUACAGGAAAGAAAUCUUACAAAUGUAGUGAAUGUGAGAAAUUCUUUAAAUAUAGAUCAGGUCUUAGAAGUCAUGAGAAAAUUCAUAGAGGAGAAAAACCUUACAAAUGUUGGGAAUGUGAGAACUCCUUUUCAAGUACUUCAGAACUUAGAAUACAUCCAACUUCAUAUAGGAGAGAAACCUUACAAAUGUAGUGAAUGUGUGAAAUCAUUCAUAUGUGCCUCAACUCUUAAAAAACAUCAGAGAGUUCAUACAGGAGAGAAACUUGUAGCUAAUUCCACUAAUGCUUUAGCUAGCAUACACCGCUAAGG